AUGGCCGGUCAUUUCUUCAGGGACGACGCUGCGCGGUGGCGUGCAGUCCAGGAGCGCGACCCAACAGCAGAUGGGGCCUUUGUCUACUCGGUCAAAACCACAAAAAUUUAUUGCCGACCAGUCUGCAAAGCAAGGCUCGCGAGACGCGCCAACGUCCGCUUCCAUGACAAUCCCAGAGAAGCGGAGCAGGACGGCUUCCGCGCUUGUAAACGUUGCAAGCCAAAUACCUCAGGGGGGAUGCCAGAAGAGGCCGCAAUUGCCAAAGUUCGCGCCAUGGUCGACCGCGAGUUGGUCGCCAUCCAGCAAUCUCCAGAGAGCAACAGGCUGCCAGCCACCCUUGCGAGCUUGGCGAAAAGGGCAAACUUGUCAAAGUGGCAUUUCCACCGUGUCUUCAAGGACACGAUAGGCAUGACGCCGAUUGAGUGGAUGAAAGGACAGGAGGCCCGUUAUAGCCCGGGCCUGAAUCUAGGCAGGCAGCAUCUGUCGGGGCUUUUGACACUACAAGACACAAACUCGGGUUCCGCUACUCCACAACCGAUCGACUUGAGCGACCCGACCCAGGGGUCUAAGGUCACGGAUUCUGCUUCUCCCUCUGUCUCUGGUCCUGAUCUUUUGUCUUGGGGCAUGGACAGCUUCUUCGAGUUCCCAGCAAUAGACGGGUUGGCGGAUCUGCCUGGGGUGGAGAAUUGGACACUUGAUAUGGACGAUGUUGACAUGAGUACCUUUUUAGAUUGUCAUUUUUCGGACGCUCCCGGUUCACUGCCUAAGUAG